GUACUGCGGCCUGCUCCGACUGUGCUGUGGGGCCUGGGCUGUGGGAGUGAUGGAGAGUCGGGUGAGAACAUGAAUAAAGGCUGGCUGGAGCUGGAGAGCGACCCGGGGCUCUUCACCCUGCUGGUAGAGGAUUUUGGUGUAAAAGGUGUUCAAGUAGAGGAGAUCUAUGACCUACACUGUAAAGUUCAAGGUCCAGUGUACGGAUUUAUCUUCCUGUUCAAAUGGAUUGAAGAGCGUAGAUCACGGCGCAAAGUGACACCCCUGGUAGACGAGACAUCUGUGAUCGAUGAGGAAAUCGUUAAUGACAUGUUCUUUGCUCACCAGCUGAUCCCAAAUUCGUGUGCAACGCACGCUUUGCUUAGCGUCCUUUUGAACUGCGACAAUGUGGAUUUGGGUCCCACUCUCAGCCGGAUGAAGGACUUUACCAAAGGAUUCAGCCCUGAGAGCAAAGGUUAUGCAAUUGGUAAUGCUCCAGAGCUAGCAAAGGCACACAACAGCCAUGCCAGGCCAGAGCCACGGCACCUUCCAGAGAAACAGAAUGGAAUCAGCGCUGUGCGGACCAUGGAGGCCUUUCACUUUGUCAGUUAUGUUCCCAUUAAAGGUCGCCUCUUUGAACUGGAUGGUUUGAAAGCUUAUCCCAUUGAUCAUGGGCCUUGGGGUGAAGAUGAAGAGUGGACAGACAAAGCACGGAGAGUUAUAAUGGAGCGAAUAGGACUGGCUACCGCUGGAGAACCUUACCAUGACAUCCGUUUCAACCUGAUGGCAGUGGUGCCGGAUCGGAGGAUGAAGUACGAGACAAAAUUGAGCCUUCUGAAAAUGAACCGGCAGACGGUGCUGGAGGCCCUACAACAGUUGAUCCGUGUCACCCAGCCAGAGUUAAUCCAGACACAGAAGCCCCAGGAAGCUCAAGCCAUGGAGGAGGCAAAGCAAGCUCUGAACAAACCUGCACCUGAACCGGAGAGCAGCAAGGCAUACCCAGUACAGGAUAACCUGCAGAGUGGAUCCAGUGAAGCGUCCGUGCCUCAAACUCAACCAGUUUGUACGUCCAGCCCUUCAAGUAAACCAAAACCUCCAAUCAAAACUGUAGUGUCCAGUACGAAUGGACCCACGUCUGCACCCAGUCCUGUCAUCCAACGCCUUCCAGCUUUCCUUGAUAACCACAACUAUGCCAAGUCGCCAAUGCAGGAAGAAGAAGACCUUGCAUCUGGUGUUGGUCGUAGCCGACUGCCCAACCCCCAGCACCACCGUUACUCGGACAACGAUGAUGAGUACGAUGACGAAGAGGAAGAAGAUUGUCAGAACACCAACACAGCUAUCAGGUAUAAAAAGAAGAGCCAUCUGUUACAGGAGCAACGACCCAGCGAACAGCUCUCUCUUCUGCAGCCCAACACUAUCAACGUGCUAACUGAGAAGCUAAAGGAAUCCCAGAAGGACUUGUCAAUUCCUCUUUCCAUAAAAACCAUUGGCAGUGGCAUUCCCACCCAUUCCCAGCCUUCCCCAACCCCCAGCAACGAGAGUACAGACACCGCCUCCGAGAUCGGAAGUGCUUUCAACUCGCCACUCCGUUCUCCUAUCCGUUCAGCCAACCCCACCCGUCCUUCAAGUCCAGUCACCUCUCACAUUUCCAAAGUGCUGUUUGGGGAAGAGGAAAGUCUGUCCCGAGUGGAUUGCAUGCGUUAUAACCGAGCAGUACGUGACCUUGGGCCAGUUGUUAGCACGAACCUGUUGCACCUGGGAGAUGAAGGAAUGCUGAAGACCCUCGGAAUCACAGACCAGCAGAAAACAGAUUCCAUUAAAAGCUCACCAUUACCUCACAGUGCAGACAGGUCUACAGAAGUCAAAAUGGAGGAUGGAAAAGAGUCCCCGGGAUCCUGUGACAGGAAGGAGAAAUUUUCAGGGAGUGGAAGCAAUGAACAAAAUAUUGCAGAAAAGUAUUCCCCUAAGGAGCUGCUGGCCUUAUUGAAGUGUGUGGAGGCUGAGAUCUCUAACUGUGAGGUAUGCCUUAAAGAGGAGGUGGAAAAGCGCAAGAAAUACAAGAUUGAUGAUCAGCGAAGAACCCACAAUUACGAUGAGUUUAUCUGUACAUUCAUCUCUAUGCUCUCUCAAGAAGGAAUGCUGGCUAGCCUUGUGGAGCAGAACAUCUCCGUACGGAGGAGACAGGGCGUGAGCAUUGGGCGCCUGCACAAACAGCGUAAACCAGACCGGCGGAAACGUUCCCGGCCAUACAAAGCUAAGCGGCAGUGACGCUUGCGACCCCACGAGUGCCCAGGCACCUGCGCCUUCAGCAUCGGACCUAUCCCUGCAAGACUGACGAGCAGCUCUUGUUACUGAGGCGUGCUGGAUUCAGCUGGUGGAGCUGUGCGUUCCCAUUACAGACACUUGACUGGAAUGCAAGACAAUUACACUAACUUUGGAUCUGGUUUGAAAAAUUAAACCGUCAACAGUCCAGCAAAACUUAAUACGGGGUCAGUCAAUAUUGGGGCCAGUGAUAUGAAACAGCUGCUUUCUAAUAGUGGACCAAUCAUAGACAGAAUCCAUGUGCUCAUCCUAGCACUGUUCUGUGCUUGCAAGCCAGACAGUACCGAUUACAUGGCAACUACAACCUUGUUCUGGUCUUCCACUGUGUAUACACUGUCUGAAUUUGCACCAUUUGUUCUUUUCUCCGCCCUGGACCAUCCAAAUUCAGGCAUUCCUCUAAAUUCCCUGUCGUCUGUGGAAGUGCAUUUAUAUUGGGGAUCGAUUAAAGGACAACUGUUACACAUCUGGCCGCUAACUGACUGACUACCUGAAGGAACUAGGUUGCUUGACCUGCGAUAAACAAAUGUGGGAAUAAACAAAGACUGUGGAAUAAAGCCCUAUUUAUUCAGAGGGUAACAAUUACGAUUUUGAAUUAAAUGCGAGUUCAAAUUAAAGAGCACUUUUUUAAAAA